AUGGCAAGGAAUUGCGCAGAAGCAGGAUCCUCAACGAAAGGAGGUCAGAGGCCAGCGAGGAAGACAGAGAAGCUCCAGCGAGAUGGAGAUGGUGGGAAGGCGGGGGCAUCUGGAUUCCAUUGGCUUUUUGGGAGUGAUUCGGAACCCUACUUUUUGCUUGCUUUCUCUCGUUGGAGGAUUUUGAGAGGAGGAAAAAGGGGGAGAGGAAAAGGAGGAGGAGGAGGAGAAAGGGAGAGUGGAGAUGUUCAGGUUCCUAGAGGUUGGGACAAGCUUUUUGUUUCUAUUGUCUCAGUGGAAACUGGGAAGACAAUUGCAAAAUCCAGCAGAACAGCAGUGCAUGGUGGAACUUGUCAAUGGACUGAUUCUUUUUCCGAGUCAAUUUGGGUUUCUCAAGAUGGUGCAACAAAGGAGCUUGAAGAAUGCCUAUACAAGAUUGUUGUUGCCAUGGGAUCUUCAAGAUCGGGUGUUCUUGGGGAUGUUGCCUUGAAUUUAACGGACUAUGUUCAUUCAAGAGACUCUGGUCUUCUUUCGUUGCCUCUGGAGAGGUGCAACUAUGGCACAAUUUUGCAGAUCAAGGUUCAAUGCCUUUCAAGAACUAAAUCCAGGUUUCGUGUUAUGCUUAUUUUGGAUGGAAAAGGAUGGAAAGAGACAAACUUCAAUAUGGAAGAACCAACCACAAACAAUGAUGAUGUAGAUAGCAAGUCUGAUGGAUCUGAUGUGUCUAAUAGGGUAGCUUCAUCUUGCACUAAUUUAGCUGGUGCUGCUCAUCCAGAUGAACCUGGGAACAGGUGGAACUUCAUGGAUUGGGACCGAAGUUUUUCUGCAUCAGGUUCACAUCGUAGUUCUGAUUCCGGGGGGAGUUCCGUAGGCAGGGCAAAUUUUUCUCCCCAGAGCAGCUUAAAUGGGGGAGCAUUUAACGUUGGCAGGCCAGAUUCAUCUGGGUCCCAUUACAACUCGCAUUAUGGUGGAGGUCACAGUGAUGAUGUUUCUAGAUCCAACCAUUCAUCCUUUAAUUCCCGGGUCUCGGGGUCGUCUAAUGCAAUCCAAUUGCAAGAGGGGCAGAUUUCUGUACAAGGUGUAGCGCCAGUAACAUUGAGGUCUUCUAAUUCCUGUAAAGAUCUUCUUGAUGCCGCUGAAGAAACAAUAGAUGAACUCCAUGAUGAGGUGAAGAUGUGGGAGCGACAUUCUCAGAAACUAAAGCUUGAUCUUGAAAUAUUAAAAAAACAAAAUUCAGAAAAAUCUAAACAUCAGGCUAAUCUAGAUAUGGAGCUUUCUGCUGCCUUUGCUGAACGGGAUUCUUUCAAGCAAGAACUUGAACAAUUAAAGUUGUCACUUGAGGAGUCGAUGACAAAACAAACAGUAAAUGGCACUGCUAAAGUCGAGGAAGUUGUACGCGCGAAAAAAGAACUUGAAGAUGAAUUGAAGUUUCUAAAGGAAUCAAAUGCCAACUUAAGUAUACAGCUAAAGAAGACACAAGACUCGAAUCUUGAGCUCAUUUCUAUUCUUCAGGAGCUGGAGGAGACUGUAGAAAAGCAAACAAUGGAGAUAGCCAAUCUUUCAGAACAGGCUCAAGCAAAUGAUUCUGGUAGUGGUUCAAAGGGCCGGUUGUUGUUGGAUCUCGAGGCUGAAUGGGCUCACAAACUGUCUAUGAAAGAAGAAGAAAUAAAGAAGUUGGAGGAUAAGUUAUCUGUUGCACUCCAGACUCGAGAUCUGAGUCCUAAAAUUUCCAGUGGAGAUAACAUUGACACGGUGAAAGAAAUCGAGACAUUGAGAGCUAAAGUAGAGGAGCUAGAGAGAGACUGUGCUGAACUCACAGAUGAAAACCUAGAACUCCUAUUUAAAAUGAAAGAGUCAGUUUUGAGUUUGAUGCUUCUCUUCUUAAAUCACAAAGUACGUAAACUAGAGCUGGAGCUCAAGAAGAAAGAUGAGUCUAAUGAAGACCUCACCAAAUCUUUAACGCUUCAGAUUGGGAAACUAGAGGAGAAAUGUUCUGAUCUUGAGAAUGAGCGUAAACAUUUGAGAGAUAAAGUUUCUGAAUUACUUAGAGAGCUUGAUAGUAGCCAGGUGGAAUUAGAAGAAAAAAUCCAAGAGUUGACUCAACUGUAUCAAAAGCAAGAGAAUUCGCUAGCUGCGGAUUCUGGAGCAGAUGAAAAAGCUGAAUCAUUGAGCUCCUUGGAGUUGUCUAGAAUACUCUCAGAAAUAAGCAAGCAGCUUCAUAUCGCUCUAAGUCAUGUGAAGGACCUACAAAGUAAAGGUGAAUCUGGUGCAGAAACUGAAUGUUUAUUUGACUCGGAGUUUUUGGCUCCUGGAGGCACAGAUGCAGUCACUCAAAAAGAUCAGGUGGACAAUAUGAUAAAAAGUUUUGUCAAGUUCAAUGAUAUGCUGGAAUCAAAGUUAGUUGAAUGCAGGGUUCUCAUUCAGUUUGCAGAUGGAGAUCGAAAGCAGCAAGACCAAAAUUCUGUUGAAGCGAAAAAGUGGCUCAAGGAUAAUCUUUUAUAUGAACAAGAAUUUGGAGCAGUUGAAGCUAAAGAAAACUCUAGAAAUGGUGAUACCCACAUUGAAUUGAUAGAAUCCCAGUCCAUGGUAGAAGAGCUGAAGGCUGUGUGUUCAUCUAAAGAUGAACAAAUUGAUGACUUGAGAAAUUCCAACAGGGAAUUGGAUGAUUUACUUUCUGAUAUUCGGAGAGAAAAAGAUCAGUUGGAGGAGCAGUUGAACAAUGCACUUGGGGAAAUUAAUGUUGCUUCUAACAGCUUGGAAGACGCUCGGCAUGAGGUAAUGAUGCUUAAGGGUUCUGUGGAUUCUCAUGCAUCUGCUAAUAAGAUGCUUGAAAAGAAGUUGGUGGAACUUGAGAGCAGCAAAAAUGAACUGGAUGUGCAUAUAUCCGAGCUGGAGAAUGAAAAUGUGCAGCUAUCUGAACGCAUAUCUGGCUUGGAAGCUCAGCUAAGGUAUCUGACAAAUGAAAAGGAGUCCAAUAGACUGGAACUAGAUGAUUCUAAAGCACAUAUUGCAGACCUCAAGGAUCAAUUAUCAAGCUUGCAAACUGAAAUGGAUUCACAAAAGCUGGGAUUGGAACAGAAGCUUCAAGAAGCACAGAAGAGAUUGGCAGAAUCUCAAGAAGAAUCAGAGCUUCUGAAGAGAGCUCAGUCAAAACAACAAGGAACUAUUGAGAAUCUGAUGGAGGAGUGCGUCUCACUUCAAAAGUCUACUGCAGAUUUGAAGAAGCAGAAAUUGGAUUUGCAUGGCCGAAAUUCACGCCUUGAGGUUGAGUUGGGUGAGUCACUUAAAAAGAGUGCUGAUUUUUGUGAGAAGGUGGAGUUCUUGGAAGGAAAACUGUCAUUAUUGCAGAAAGAUAUCAUUUUAAAGGAGAAUUUACUAGCUACAAAACUAGAAAAUGUUUAUAAAGAGAAUAAAGAACUUGAAGAGAGAAUCAGGCAGGCACAUAUCUUGUUAAAUCAGCUGGAUGAAGAAGUGAAACUUGAGAGGGCUGGAGCCCUCUUGACUGCACAGGCAUCAUCAGCCCAUAAUGAAGAAGCAAUAACAGCAGCAGAGUCAUCAUGCGAAUCUUCAAACAUGUUAUCUGACAGAAGAGAACUUGAAACUAGUCUUCAAGAAGCCCAGGAGAAGAUUAAGUGGUAUGAGACUGAGCUAAAUGACCUCAAGCAGGAGUCUGAUAACAAAAUUCAAGGGUUAGUUGAUUUGCUAAAUGUGUCCAAGCAGAGUGAGGAGAUGCUGAUGAUUGACAUCACUCGGAUGCAAAGACUGAUAGAAAAUAUUAAAUCCAGUGAAGAAAGAUUCAAAAGAACGGCAAAUGACUUGGAGCUAAAACUUAAAGCUUCAGAUUAUGAAAAGGAGCAAAUAACAGAAGAAAUAACUGGCUUAAAACUUCAAGUACAAAAGGUUGCACUUCUACAGGAUGAGAUAAUGGCACUUAAGACUGCUGUUGAUGAUGCAAAGUUUGAAAAGGGGAAGUUAGAAGAAUUAUUGAAGUCUGUAUCUGAAGAAUGUGAAGAAUUAAAAACAGAGAAAAUUUCAUUCGUGGAUAAAGUUUCAAAUAUGCAGCAAGCAUUACAUGGUUUUGAAGAUGAUCGGCUCAAAAGGAUUGCCUUGGAAGAGAAGCUGUCAAGGCUGGAAAGUGAUCUGACAGCAAAAGAAGCUCUAUUUGCUCAAGAGGCAGAAAUAAAGAAUGAACUUAAUCGCAUGAAAAGAGUAAAUAGCGAGUAUCAGAGGAAAGUCCAAAAUUUAGAGGACGAGAAAGAGGAGUUUACGAGGAUAACUCAGGAGCUGGAGAAGGAACUGCUGCUGAGGAAAGAACAGAGUGAGGUCAAUAAAGUUUCUAUUGAGGAUGGCAAUAAUCCACAUAAGGAAAACCAAGGAGAUGGCGACAAGGUUGAUCUCAAGUCCAAGAUCCAGUCCCUUGAAACUGAACUUGCUGAGGCUUUAGAGGCGAGUAGCAUGUAUAGAAUACAACUUCAGAGUCUUGUUGCGGAGAAGGAAAAUAAUCAAGCUGAGAUUCUCAAGAAAAGCCCCGAAAAUGAAGCAAAUGCAAACCAAACUGCAAGAAUCUCAUCAUUAGAAGCCGAAUUAAAAGACAUGCAAGAGCGUUAUCUAAACAUGAGUCUCAAAUUUGCCGAAGUGGAAGCUCAGCGCGAGCAACUGGUUAUGAAGCUCAAAUCGACAAAUAAAGAGAAGAGAUGGUUCUGAUGAAAUCUCAAGACCUCCCCAAGUAUUUUUUUUUUCCUUUAGAGCCAUCGUUGCCGUCGCCUGAAUUCUUUCGUUUAUGCUUUACUGUAAAUGUAUUUAAUUUAUGGCAUUCGUAUCGAAGAAUGAUACCUUAUCAUUCUUGUACAUGUUCACUCAGUUGUUUCCUUUGUAAGAGAAUUCACUGGUGGCAUGAAGGAAGAUCAUUGAAAUAUAAUCCUGCUCUGUUGGGUUCA